UCCUCAUCUGCUCCUUUUAAGCCGGCAUUUUUGGGAGGGAGGUCCCCACCAAGCAUAUACAAACACUAAGUCAGGCAUCCACAGUCGAACCCACACGCUGAGGUAGUAAGCAGCAGAGAACUGACCUUUUCCCUUCACACAGAACAGGAAGUUGAAGUGACCUGACAUCAACAUGGCAGCAAAGGGAGUCGGCAUGUCUAACAAAGGUCCAUCCUACGGCAUGAGCCGGCAGGUUCAGGAUAAGAUCGACAGCAAGUACGACCCCGAGCUGGAGCUGAUCCUGGUGGAGUGGAUCAGCCGUCAGUGUGGUGCUGGUGUGGGAAAGCCUGAGGCAGGCAAAAUGGGAUUCCAGUCCUGGCUUAAAGACGGCUGUGUUCUGAGUGAGCUGAUCAACAGCUUGUUUUCCAGUGACAAACCUGUCAAGAAGAUCCAGAGCUCAACCAUGGCCUUCAAACAGAUGGAGCAGAUCUCACAGUUCCUCAACGCUGCAGAGAAGUAUGGCGUCACCAAGACUGACAUGUUCCAGACAGUUGACCUUUGGGAAGGUAAAGACUUGGCAGCAGUGCAGAGGACCCUGUCAGCCCUGGGCAGCUUGGCCGUCACAAAGGAUGAAGGCACAUACAAUGGAGACCCCAACUGGUUCUUCAAGAAAGCACAGGAGAACAAGCGAGAUUUCUCCGAUGACCAGCUGAAGGCAGGCAAAAGUGUGAUCGGUCUACAGAUGGGGUCCAACAAAGGAGCCAGUCAGGAGGGCAUGAGCUACGGAAGACCCAGACAGAUCCUGUAAAGUCACUGUGCAACAAAUACCCAAAACAUCCCCCACCCCUUGCGCCGUCUUAGAGCCUGUAAACGUCUAACUGGUUCACUUAAUUUCUCUCACCACAAAACUCUUUCUGCCUUAGAGCGUAGUUCUGAAAAGAUCCUGCUUCCUGACACUUGCCCUGACCCCUUAUGUAAAUGCGUGCACUGGUGUACCACUGCUCAGACCAGAGUUUACAUCACUUCAUUCUUCCCCUUGUAGUUUGGACCAGUACAGUUGAGUUUCGUAGUCUUAAUAAGUUAAACUAGAACUAUUGAAUGACCAAUGCAUUGCCUUGGAGGUUGAAAUCAAACUGGUUUUGUGAAAGAUGAGCUGUUUUCCCUUACAAACAGUGUUCAUAUGAGGCUAAAGAUAUGACCACUUUCAUCUGGCAGGUUUUGUCUUCCAUUUCCCACAAUGCUAUGCCUGCUGUAUCAGCGCCAAUAUUUUUGUACAUUUGUCUUAUUAAAUAAAUGCCUUUGAAAUACA